GCGGGGCCGCGCGCUACGGGCGGAGCGCGGCGGCGGCGAGGGGAGCGCUCGUGGCCGGCAGCGGCCUCCGACGGCGCCGAGCAUAUGUUGAGUAGCAGGAUGGAAGAACUCUAAUUGAAGAAGAGACGGAGACAAGCUCUUUCAGCAUGGAGACUGUUUUGGUUGAUGGGGAACUUGAUAGAAAUUCACAUCAUGGUGAUAUCAGAGACUCUCAUGGACCAUCAACAGUGGUAACAAACAGUGAUGAGUCACACCUCUUAACCCCAGGAAAGAUGAGCCAGCGCCAGGGGAAAGAAGUCUAUUUUACUCCAACCAAAGAGCAAAUCCAGCCAUCUCUCAGCCCUGGAACAGUUCACAGCCAUGGUUUUGACAAAGGGAAGGACGAUGUGUCACAAAGUAAAGAGGACCCAGCACAUUCUAUAUCAAAAAGCAAGUCUGAAUCCAAACUUUUCAAUGGCUCAGAGAAGGACAUCUCUUUAUCUUCAAGCAAGCUUACAAAAAAGGAAUCUCUCAAGGUUCAAAAGAAAAAUUACAGAGAGGAGAAGAAGAGAGCUACGAAAGAAUUACUUAGCACUAUCACAGACCCAUCAGUUAUUGUUAUGGCUGACUGGUUGAAGAUUCGUGGUACCUUAAAAAGCUGGACCAAGCUGUGGUGUGUACUAAAACCAGGAGUCUUGCUUAUUUACAAAACUCCCAAAAAUGGCCAGUGGGUAGGAACAGUGCUCCUGAACGCUUGUGAACUGAUUGAGAGACCUUCUAAAAAAGAUGGCUUUUGUUUCAAACUCUUUCAUCCUUUGGAACAGUCCAUAUGGGCUGUAAAGGGUCCAAAAGGUGAAGCAGUUGGUUCUAUAACCCAGCCGUUACCCAGCAGUUAUUUGAUCAUCCGAGCUGCUUCAGAAUCAGAUGGCAGGUGUUGGAUGGAUGCUUUGGAAUUGGCUUUGAAAUGUUCAAGUCUGCUUAAACGUACAAUGAUUAGGGAAGGUAAAGAACAUGAUUUGAACUCUUCAGCAGACAGCACACAUGUCUCUCUCUAUGGUCUGCUUCGUGCUAACAACUUACACAGUGGAGAAAACUUCCCGUUAAAUGACAGUGAAAUUGAAAGGCAUCAGUUUAAAGAUCCAGACCUGUACUCUGACAAAUCUGAUAAGGAAAAUGAUCAUGAUCAUGAUGAAUCUGAUAAUGAUGGAUUGGGGAAAAGUGAAGAAAGCGACAGUGACACAUCAGAGCGACAGGAUGAUUCCUACGUUGAUCCUGAACCAAUUGAUAUUAAGGAAACUACUUAUUUAGAACAGGGUCAUGAAGAACUUGGGGAGGCUGGGGAGGCUGCUCAGACAGAAGUAGUAUCAGAAGAAAACAAAAGUCUGAUCUGGACACUGCUGAAGCAAGUCCGUCCAGGAAUGGACUUGUCCAAGGUUGUGUUGCCUACGUUUAUCUUGGAACCUCGUUCCUUCCUGGACAAGCUAUCCGAUUAUUACUACCAUGCAGACUUUUUGUCUGAAGCUGCUCUUGAAGAGAAUGCUUACAACCGUAUGAAGAAAGUAGUGAAGUGGUAUUUGUCAGGAUUCUACAAAAAGCCAAAGGGACUUAAAAAACCCUACAAUCCUAUACUUGGUGAGACUUUCCGCUGCAUGUGGAUUCAUCCAAGGACGAAUAGCAAGACGUUUUACAUUGCAGAACAGGUAUCUCACCAUCCUCCAAUAUCUGCCUUCUACGUUAGCAACCGCAAGGAUGGAUUUUGCCUUAGUGGUAGCAUUCUGGCCAAGUCCAAAUUCUAUGGGAAUUCGCUAUCUGCCAUACUAGAUGGAGAAGGACGACUAACAUUCCUAAAUAGGGGAGAAGAUUACGUAAUGACUAUGCCAUAUGCUCAUUGUAAAGGAAUUCUUUAUGGCACAAUGACUUUAGAGCUUGGGGGAACUGUUAACAUCACUUGUGAAAAAACUGGCUACAGUGCAACCAUUGAAUUCAAGCUCAAGCCAUUUUUGGGUAACAAUGACAGUGUUAAUCAAAUAUCAGGGAAGAUUAAGCUUGGCAAAGAAGUUCUGGCUAUUUUGGAGGGUCACUGGGACAGUGAAGUUACCAUUAGUGACAAAAAGACAGAUGUUUCAGAGACCUUCUGGAACCCAACAUCUGAUAUCAAGCAGCGUAGAUUACUUAGAUACACAGUGAAGUUUGAAGAGCAAGGUGACUUUGAGUCAGAGAAGCUUUGGCAACAAGUGACUCGAGCAAUAAAUAACAAAGACCAAACAGAAGCUACUCAAGAGAAAUAUGUUCUGGAAGAAGCUCAGAGAAAGGAUGCCAAAGAGAGGAAACUUAAAGGUGAAGAGUGGAUGUGCAAACUGUUUGAUCAGGAUUCAGUCACAGGAGAAUGGCACUACAAAUAUGCAGAUACCAGGCCUUGGGACCCUUUGAAUGAUAUGAUCCAAUUUGAAAAAGAUGGUGCCAUCCAAACAAAAGUUCGACAUCGGACACCAAUGGUUAGUGUUCCAAAAAUCAAACGAAAACCAACUGGUCAGCAGAAGAAAGGCGAGUGUGGUUUCUCGUCCCCUGAGCCUGAUAAUCAGGAUUCCUCUGGAAGUGAAGCCCAACUUCUGAAGCAUAAUACAAGAAUAAGGAAAAAAGGGGCAGACCUUGGUGAACUGCAAAGUGCUAUUGAGUCUAUAAAGGAAACACAAGAAGAUAUUAAAAGGGACAUUAUGGCUCUACGAAAUCGAGUCACUUCUAAUCCACCACCUGUGGACAGCCAUUUUUUCCAGCUUAAGCACUGUGUCUUCGUUUUACUCGUGGUUCUACUACAGCUUGUCAUUAAUAUCUUGUUCAACUAGGAAGUGUGAACAAGGGCCUUUCUGAACUGGGAUGAUCGAACUCUUACUGGGGACCAUAUUUUAAGUUGGACUUCAAAUGAUGCAAUAUUUGAGAGCCCUGUAGCAACAACUUACAGAACUUCACGUCUGAGUGCAUGGUUCAGAGUCAUACUCCCAUCUCCCCAGUUAAAGUAAGAAUUGUGCAAGUGCCAGUACACUCUUGUUCGUGGUGUGUGCCUCUUUCUCUGUCUCACAGACAUGCAGCAUCAGCCUUGUGUUUUAUUGUAUGUCAUGCACUAUACUGAUAAAUCUUCAUUAUGGAAUAGCUCGAUUUCAGAAUUCAGAGGUCAGGCCCUGUUAGUAGGGCAUGUUUCCUAUUUUGGUAGAAUAAUCAACAAGGAGAAUUUGUUACAUUUAAACUUACUGGCUUUGGAACAAAGUAACAUUUGAAGUAGCACCCUUACUGACUUUAUUUGUAACGGGUGUUGAGGUAAGGUUGGGUGGUUGGAGGUAAACUGUUUAAGGUCAAAUACAUUAUUUUACAAAGCUCAUGAGUGUUAGAAACUGGCAAGUAAAGAGCUGAAGUCUUUGAGACCUUUGCAAUUUAAUGUCCGUGAUUUGUUUGUGGAAGUAUGACAGUUUUUAUUCUGAAUUAUGAUAAGGGCUUAUAAGCAGGUGAUUUUAUUUUUAUAACUUUUGAAACGUAAGUUUCUUCAUAAAAGCAUUCCUCCAUCUAGUAUACAGAACAUGUUUUUAACAAUGCAGCAGCCAAGAAGGUACUUGGUCUUGGCCCAUGCAUGCAUUUGAGAUGCAAAUGUCAAGGAUUUACAGUAUGUUUGUAAGUUUUGAUAAACUGGCAGCUUUGAAUUUACUUUUUUGUAUGGCCACCACACAGUCAGAAGACAGACUGCUGAUUUCAGGGACUCUUUCCUAUUUCUGAAACAAAAUGUUAACACACAAAGUUAGGUUUAGUAUGUAGCUUGAAUUGAAUCUCGCGAAGGAGAGACUAUGCAGAACAGAAUUCAGCCAAACAGUCAACAGUUCACCUGCAGAUGAAAAUAUGCAUUUCCAAGGGUAAAGGCUUCACGAAUUUUAGGAUGGCUAACAAAACACAUACAUACCAAAACAAAUGAGAACGAAACCUUCAGUCUCUUUUAAAUUCCUCUUUAUUGCAAUAUAUACCAUGUAACUUACUACCCUGAUGCACCUAUUCAUUUUUCUACAGAUUAGUUAUAAAGCUUAAAUUUCAAUUUAAAACUGAGCAUUUCUUUUAUUUGAAGAAAUACAUGCAUAUAUACAACUUGCAAAACUUCAGCAAAAUAAUGUAGUGCUAAUAGUGCUAAUAGCAAUAGCACUAUAUUGCUAGCAAAUGCUAGCUUGGUGAGUACCUUAUACCAGUUAUGCCUUUCCACAUUUGUAUUGAAGUAAAAAGGGGCUGGAGUAAAGUAAAGGUACCUUCAGUAGCCCAGAUGAGGCAAUUGGAUGAUGAGAGGCAUGACAUAAAGGGGAGCCAAGUUUGUUUUCAGAGGAUCCUCUCAGAAUUCAAAUGUAUGAUGAAAAAUGAAACAGUUCAGGUGUCACAUUUGGCUUUUUGCUGUGUGUUGGUUCUUCCUCUGUGACACUUGAGCUUACACUUGGGCAGCCUCUCUAUCUUUUAAACUAAGCUAACAUGGGAAGACUGCAAAGUUGGCUUGAGAGUAGCCACUGUCACCCUUUUAAGUCUAGUUCUGCAUCAGUCUGUCCUUGUAUUUAGUGAAAAUUCUAUUUACUUACUGUCAGCUCAGCUCAUAUGUUCCUGUGGCUGACAUCUUCAUUGCACCUCCACUUCCAUUUUUUCUUUGGGCCUCAGCUACAUAGGAGUUUAUUGCUGAAGUAGUCAACCGUAGCUUAUUUUACUUCUUACAGCUUCGUAUUAAUAUAAUUUGGUGGUCUUUCAUUUUCUGGAACAUGGUAGCUUAACCAAACAGAGUGGUCAUGUGUAGGUGGGCAUGACCAAACUUGAUUGGUCUUCUAUCAUGUCUAUAGCUGAUGAGGCAAAAUUUGUGAAUGUAGAAGGGCCCUUAUUGUAUUAAAAAAAAAAAACAAAAAAAAAACACCUAAGUUAAGUCCCUAACAGCAGAACCUGAAGUUAUUAGCAGUAUAAAAGAUGACAUAAUGAAAAGGAGAUCAGGGUAUUUAAUAUUAAAUUCAAAGCUCUCAUCACUGAAUUAGAUCAUUUGUUAUGUCAUUCAACUGUCAAAGUUUUACCUGUUUACCUGUUUUAGGAUCUGUUACAAGUCCUUAAGUGCACCUUGUACAUGGGAGGGAUACAUGAGGAAAUGAGAGAGGUAAAGAUAAAGAAUUAGGGCAAUAGCUUUAAAUCCCCUGAAAAAGUACUCUGCUAUAUUUUUAGUGCUGAAGCUCAUGACUGAUAGUUUAAAAAAAUUUUUAAAUAUCUCCCUUGUAAAUAGAAAUGUCCUUCUGUCCUUCCAUGUUGGUUUUAAUCACUUCUGUUCAAGAUCAGUUAAUAACCCAGUCUACAUAUAAUUUUUAGAUAAACUUUAAAAAUAAAGAGAGAAAGGAAAAGACCAUGUAGUUUAUAUAUGUCCUACACAGUGAAACUUUUUGAAGUAAAAGCUGCAGACUUCUGCUUGACUGAAUGAUUAGUGAAAUACUAAAAACCACAUCUAAAGGCAGGUAAUUGCUAUUUUGCUGAGUUUUGUAUAAUGUUCCCUCAUGUGACUAGAACAGGAAUUUCUUGCCUGAUUUUUACAGCACAGCUGGUUGCACGUCUUGUUUAUGAAGCCUUUCCUCUAGCACAUCCCCAUCGUCCUAUUUAACCAAAAUGUGUAGCUGAUCUUGACUGUUAUGUACCUGAGAUUGAAUUCUGCUCAUAGUCAUACAAAGCGAUUGUACAGUUUGCAGAUGUUUGAGGGCAGUGGCCUCUAACUAGUUUUUAGUGUUCAAAACAACACUUACUUUUACACUUGAUUUUGCUGGUUUUUUUUUCUUGUACAGGAAAUAAGAUAUUUUCAGAGUUUGUUGCCAUAGUAGGUUUUGUUGUUUGUUUGUUUGUUUGUUUGUUUAAUUUUUCCUUCAAAAGCACUCUAAGCCUUUAAUUUGCCAUUUAGGUACAGAUGACCUAAAGAUAAUAAGAGUAAAUGUCAUGUGAAAUGUAGCAAGUAUCACUUUUAGCAGUAGAUGGGGUAUUUCUUGCAUUUCACAUGUUGAUUGCUUUAAAAUAGUAGAUAUUACUUAAAAGGGUAUAGCAUGUCUUCCUCCCCAUUAAAACUGUUUUUUUUAUUAAAAAAAAAAAAAAAAAAAAGAAAAAAAAGAAUAAUUUGCAAGGCUGUCCUAUCAAAUGUUGUGAUGGUGGUUUCAUUUAUUUUAUUUCUUUUUUUGCUGCCCUCCUGUGCCUUUGGGAAACUUUACCAGGCUGGUGUUGAUGAAACAGAAUUUAGAUGCAAUAUUUGGUAUAGUUACUUGAAGGGUAUUACUUCACCACUGUUUGUGUAAAUAGCAUGUAACAAGGAUGUUGUACAUCUGUAAGCUCUAAUUGUUGUAUUGAAAGGGAAUCCCCGAAUCACUGCAGAUUUAACAGAUCCUCGAGUAUUGUAAACAGUGCCUUCUCGAUGGUUUCUUGCUGUUCUGAGGUGUGUAAGGAUGAUUGCCAAGCUUGUGCCAUAUGUAACAUCCCAUCUUUUGUGAAGGCUUUUGUUUCUGAAAACUAACUUUCCUGCUUA